UUCAGAGAAAUAUCAAAGUCAGUCAAACGUAGACCAUCUACUGGUUAACAUGGUUGAUCAUCAAAGUAGAUCUUAUCUAUAAUAAACUUUUACAUUGCUUUUAUAAACUCUGGAACAUGAAGACUUUAAUGAAGGAAUCUAAGUUUUUUAAAUACUCAAUAAAAAAGUAUAAGCAAAGAAAUGAAAUAAAUUUUGUGAAUUAGUUAAAGAAUCAGUGAAAAAAUGUAUACAUUUCUUUGUGGAAACUGUGUUAUAAGAAUAUAAAACUUCAUUAUUAUACUGUGGAAAACUGAAAUAUUAAAAAGAAAUUGUUAUAAUAGAUAAAUAAAAGAUGUUUUAUCCGCAAAGAAUGAUAAGACAAAUAUCAGAAAUUUCCUAUGUGGGAAGUUUCAAACUGAUCAGGAUGACGACUAAUCAAGAAGGAGAGACUGGAAUAACUAUUCCUUUACAAUAUAAUGAUACUCAUUGGAAAUCUAUUUUUGAAAAAUAUGACCUAGAUGAAGAUGGAAAAAUCUCUUAUCAAGAAUUGAAGGCUAUGAUACGAGCUUCUGCAUAUUCCAAUGAUAUUCCUGCUAAUGUUGUUCGUAUAAUAAUGCGUAAAGCUGAUUUAGAUGAUUCUGGAUAUUUAGAAUAUCCAGAAUUUAUAGCUAUGAUACAUAGGAAAGAUAUGCAAGGAGUAUUUGGUCAUCUUGUACAACGUUAUGUACAUUCAAUGGUGCCUCAAAGACCAAUCGCUGUACAAUAUUCUACUCAAACUUCUAGUGAUAUCCCUGAUGGUCAAUACGAAGAAGAAUAUAGUUGUAGACCACCUGCUGUGGCAAUGAUAAUCAUAUCGAUAUUAGAGAUUAUUUUAUUUUUAUACGAUGUAGUUGAACAUAAGUCUCUUUCCAUGGAUGGACCAGCAGCAACAUUAUUUAUUUAUGAUCCUCACAAAAGAUACCAAGCAUGGAGGUACUUGACAUAUAUGUUUGUUCAUAUCGGAGUUCUACAUUUGGUCGUUAACUUAUUGGUGCAAAUUAUGCUAGGCAUACCUUUGGAAAUGGUUCAUAAAUGGUGGAGAGUAUUAAUUAUAUACAUAGCAGGUGUAAUAGCUGGAUCUCUUGGAACUUCGGUUUCAGAUCCUACUGUUUAUUUAGCAGGAGCAUCCGGUGGUGUGUAUGCAUUAAUUACUGCACAUGUAGCAACGAUACUGAUGAAUUGGUCAGAAAUGGAAUUCGCUGUUCUUCAAUUAUUAGUGUUCCUACUUGUAACUACAGUUGACGUAGGUCAAGCAAUAUAUAGUCGUUACGUUGUAGUAGAAUCCAACAAUCAGAUUGGUUAUGUAGCUCAUUUGGCUGGAGCUGUAGCUGGACUUCUUGUUGGUAUAAAUGUCCUUCGUAAUCUGGAAGUAAAAACUUGGGAAAAAGUCGUUUGGUGGGCCAGUAUUGUUACAUACACAGUACUUAUGACGGCAGCUAUUUUGUGGAAUAUUUUAUAUCCCUCUUAUUAUGAAAAAUUAUAAAAAUAGAAUAAUGCCUUUUAUAUAUAUAUAUAUAUAUAUAUAUAUAUAUAUAUAUAAAUAUGUAUAUGUAUAUAUAAACGACUAUUGUAAUAUCUCAAUUAAAAUUGUUCAAAAAAUGUGACUAAUCAAGAAUCAGUACAAAGUGCAUAUAUUGCGUAGGGGAAAAAGAAA